AUGAUUAUCGGAGGAGCAAACGUUGCAGAAACCACCAUCGUGGCUUCAAAGAAAAUGAAGGUGUCGGUGACUCGAGAGAAGAGAUCUAGGGAUUACCUGCGGAAUGAGGCGAUCACUUUCAAUCAUAAAGAUGUAGAGAAUAUUGCUUAUCCGCACAAUUUUGCGUUGGUAAUUUCUGUUAAUAUUAAUAAGUUUCUUGUUAAACGUAUUUUGAUUGAUCCAGGUAGCUCGACCAAUAUAAUCCAAUGGAGGGUGUUAGAAAAAAUGGCUUUACUUGAUCAAAUUAUUCCGACAGUUAGAGUUUUAAAUGGUUUUAACAUGGCGAGUGAAACAACAAAAGGAGAAAUCAUCCUACCAGUUGAUGCGAUUGGAACGGUCCGACUAACAAAGUACCAUGUCAUGGACAGAGUAAUGAGAUACAAUGCUUUAUUUGGUAGACCAUGGAUACAUGAUAUGGAGGUUGUUGCAUUAACUCUGCAUAUGACGCUGAAGUUUCCUAAUGCAUAUGACGCUGAAGUUUCCUACUCCGGAGGGGACUAA